AUGGCCGGUCAUUCGCACAGAUCGUCCGUGAAAAACGGCCACAAGCCGUUCAAGUCGAAGCAUGCCUCGAAGGGCGCUCUCAAAAACAUGUAUAAGGGUAAAGUGGAAAAAUCUGGAUCUUCAGUGGCCGGAAAAGGCGGUGUUAAAACGGUCUCUAAGCUGCAGCGCAAGAAUACGGCCAAACAGGCCCGCGAGCACAAGAUUCUCGACUCCCUGAAUACACGCAAACUGUUCGAGGGCGCCGGAGGUGCACAGAAGAUAGUUACGGUCAUUCCGCUGACCACGGAUGUGGAUCCUACACAAUUGAUUGCCAGACUCAUUGCAGAUGCAGAUCCCGAAGCUGACUUUCAGGUGCCUUCUGCGCCCUGCAUUUUCAGCAUCAACGUGAAAAAAUUCCGUUGUAGUCUCAAGUUUGUUGUCCCGGACGUCACAAACUUCAUGAGUGUGCUAGAUGCAACAAAAAUCGCGGACUUUACGCUGUUUGGGCUUAGUGCAACCGCGGAGGUUGACACCGCUUUCGGAGAGCAGAUCAUUCGAGCUGUGGAAUUGCAAGGUAUUUCGUCAUACAUGGGGUGUGUUGCCAACUUGUCACAGGCUCAUCCCAAGGAGAAGUUUCAGCUAGAUAUCAAGCAAUCGCUCGAGAGUUUCUUUAAGCAUUUUUUUCCAAGUCAAGACCGCAUAUGCAAUUUGGAAAAAGCUUCAGAAGCACAAAAUGCAUUGCGCACCUUGUGCCAGCGGUUUCCCCGCCAAGUGAGCUGGAGAGACAACAGGGGUUACAUGAUUGCCGACGCUGUCGAUUUUAUUGAGCCCGCGAGUGGUGAAGAAGGAACUCUUGUCGUGGACGGUACUGUACGUGGAAUUGGGUUCCACGCAGACCGUCUUGUUCACAUUCCAGGUUUGGGAGACUUCCAAGUGUCGCAGAUCGAAAAGGUAAGCGACUCAAACCGCAAGGACACGAGAAAUAAAAAUAGCGAGUCGCUAACUGAUGCAAUGGAUUUGACGCCAAAGACGCAAUAUUUGCCUAGUAUAGACCAGGACACACUGGAUGAAUUUGCGCCUCAAAGUAUCGAUAAUGUAAUGGAAACCGAUGACGAAGGUUUCCAAUACGACGACCUGACUAAUGCUCGUUUCGACGACCAUGGAUUCUUGCCAGGCAGUGAACAGGCUGAGAAAAGAAAGGUUGUACCCAAGGGAACAUCCGAGUAUCAAGCAAGAUGGUAUUUGGACGAUGUGAUUGACGCUGCUGACGAAGAAGAAUUGACAAACGGAGACGAUGCCGAUAUGGCCAUUGAUGAGGAUGCGGAGGUCGGUGCUGCAAGCGAUGAAAUGGCAGAAGAAAUUGGUGAAGAUCAAAUAAACGAUGCAGAUGCUCAAGAUGAGAUGUACGUGGACCUGUCUCCGGAGGAGGAAGAGAGGCAGCUCAACGAAUACCGCGCUUUGGAAAAAGAGGAUCGCGAGUUUCCAGACGAGAUUGAGCUUGAGCCUUCUCAAUCUGCCAUAGAAAGACUCAAGAGGUAUAGAGGAUUGAAAAGCUUAUACAAUUGCAACUGGGACGUGGACGAGUAUGAUCCCAAUGCUACCCCGGAAUGGAAGCGUAUUUUGAGGAUAGGAAAUUACACCAAUACCAGAAACAAAAUUUGCAAAGACGCUAUUAAGGACGCCGAGGUCAUUGCUGGUGAUCGUAUAAAGCUUCACAUCAAGAUGAACAGAUCACUGAUUCCCAGAAUAAAAGACCCUCGACAAGAGAUUUUGUCUGUAUACGGACUUUUGAAGCAUGAGCACAAAAAUGCAUUGGUAAACUUCUCGAUUCAAAGAUGGGAAGAUUUCGAAAAACCUGUUCCAUCAAAAGAGCCACUAUUUGUACAAUACGGCAUCCGGAGGUACAUAAUACAGCCUCUUUUCUCAUCGACGUCGAACACGCCCAACAACGUCCACAAAUACGAGAGAUUCCUGCAUCAAGAUUCUGCUGCCAUCGCAACGUGCAUUGCGCCGGUCGAUUUCACUCAAUCGCCUGCUCUUUUCUUCAAGCAGUGUCCGGGCGACGUGAAGGGAAUCGAAUUUGUGGGCCAUGGCUCAUUUUUGGGUGUGGAUCAUACCCGUAUUAUCAGCAAAAGAGUUGUCCUCACAGGUGAUCCUUUCAAAUUCCACAAGAACGUUCUCACGACGCGGUUUAUGUUUUUCAGACCCGAAGAUGUGGAAUGGUUCAAGUCGAUUCCUCUGUUUACCAAGAGUGGCAGAUCCGGGUUCAUUAAAGAGAGCUUGGGUACCCACGGCUAUUUCAAAGCUACUUUCGAUGGCAAGCUUUCUGCGCAAGACGUUGUAGCGAUGUCCCUCUUCAAGAGGGUUUGGCCUCGCACCUCGCAACCGGCGGAUUUUUAA